AUGAAUUCUAUGCCCAAACCAGAAACUCAUGCUGAAUCAUUGCUUGACAUUUGUCAUGAAGCAAACUCCUCUCCAUCUGAUACCAUGACAGUUACCAAAAAUCAAACCAUAACAUUGCAAAGCAUCAGCAGCAACGAGGACUUUAACCAGGAUGAUGACUGCAGUCAGUCCAUAUUGGUUAGUGAAGAACAAAAUUCCAGGAGUGAAGGACAAGACUGGCCAUCCAGGAUAGAAGGUGUUGAGAUUAUUGUGACUUUUCCAAGAGAUCAUCCUCAAGAAAUGCGCCAAGAAGAUUCGAAAGAAAACAAUCACAUAACUCCAGUGCAUCAAGAAUGGGCACGAGUGCAUUCUGUUUCUCUCCCAAAUGAAAUUGAGAUGGUGGACCUCAGGAAAAAGACCUUGACCACACAGACUUUCCUACUGAAAAAAGAAGGAAGUUCCAAGCAGCUUUGCAAUGUGAACUUGGGCCUUUUGUUGCCAAGACCUUGCUUAGAACCAAGCAUCUCCAAGUCUGUAACCAAGGAAGAGGCUCCUCAUUUUCUGAAGGGGCAGCAAAGAAAAUCUGAAGAGUUUUCUACCUCUGAUAUGAAACACAGUAGCCGAAGAAUUGAGUUUCCUCUGCCACCGUUGUCACUUUUGCCCAUGAGAUCUAGUGUCCUCACUAUCCCCCAAAGUCACAAGUUUCCAAGAGAGAGAGAAAGGAAUAUGCCACUCCUCACACCCUUCGUGCCUAAGCUCUUGGAACCUACUGGUUCAUCUGAUGAGUGCAGUGCCUCAAACCAGCAGCAGGAAGCCCUGUUGAAGGGCGUGGUGAAUCAAACACUCAGGUCUUCUGACAGCUCCAUUUGGUCAAGAAACAUGUGCCCUUUUCGGAAGGUUGACCAUCACAGACACCAUCUGGAGGGGGAGGAGAAUUGGAAAUCCAAGGAAACAGAAGGAUGGGACAAAAUUGAAAUCUCUUAUUUUGAAAAAGGGGAAUCUCUGGUGUCCUUUGAGAAUUUUAAGGAAGACAAUAUCCAUGCAGACAAGGAAGACUAUAUUGAAUGCUGUGGCAGUGAAAUGAGAGCAGAAGAGAACUUUCCAUAUCUGUCACUGAGAAAGAAAGAGAGUUCAACAACCAGGUAUGAACACGAUUCAGAAACUGUGUGUACCAGUCCAGGAAAGCUCCAAGAAGCCCAGCACUCAGAAAUAGCUUUAAACCAGGAUAAAGAGAUUAGAAAUGACAACACUAUUUCAAGAAGCAAUUCAUUACAUAAAGGUGAAACAAUGGUACAGAACAAUAUGUUAGAAGAAUUGACUGUACUUAAAAGCUUUUCCAGUAUAGUGUCUGAUGGUCCCAUUGAAAAGCUCCCAGAAAAUCACAGUGACAUGGAUACAAACAUAAAAAUAUCAGUAGCAGAAGCAACUAAACCAGAAAUGAAUGGAAUAGUGCCUCUUAUCCACAUCACUGUCCCUGGAGAUGGAAGCCCCAAGGAACCAGUGAUAGCCAAACCAAGCCUCCAGAAAAGAAAGAGCACUGUUCAGAACAACAAUGGCUCCAACAUACUUGCAUACCAAGAAAAUGACAAAUGUAAGUUGAAUAGCCAUAGAAGUAAGUUGGAUUCAAAGACCAAGACAAGUAACAUGACACCCCAGAAUUUCAUGAUUUCCAUUCAAGCUUCCAUUAAACCUAAUAUGCAUAAAACUAGCAUAAAAACUCAAGUUUUUCCUGCUUUGGAGCUGGUCGAUCCCAGGCCCUGGCAAUCACCUAAGUUACAAAGGAGAAUGCCACAGAUGGAAAAGAAGCAAUCAACAUACAGGACUCAGAAACCUAAAAAGCAGUCAUUUCCCUGCAUCUGUAAAAGUCCAGGGAUGAAAAAGGCAUGUGUUCCUCUCUCUGUUCCACCAACGGAGCCAAGACUCCAUUACCUAGAUCUUAAGUAUAGUGACAUGUUCAAAGAAAUCAAUUCAGCUGCCAAUGGACCUGGAAUCUAUGAAAUGUUUGGGACCCCUGUUUACUGUCACAUGCGAGAGGCAAAACGACAUGAAAACAAGUAUUACUGUGAGAUAUGCUCGGCUCCAUCAGGCAGACGUAUCCUCAACAAGUGUCGAUCUUCACACAGUGAGAGAAGUAGCAAUAACAGAGCAAGAUUUUCUCAGAAACGACCACAUAUUAAACCCUCAAAGCCUUCUCUUGGCCUUAAGCAAAAGCACAAAGGUGCUUUUCCUAGAGAAAAGGGUUGCAAGGUUGGAGGAAGCAACCUAGAAAACAUGGAAAAUGGUGAUGGUAUUUCAGAAGCAGACUGGCAGAUAAAAUCUUCAGGAAAUAACUCUCCAUCUUCCAAGGUUGAAGUUCACCCCAUGAACUUGGUCCAGACUUCUGAGGAGCCCCCUGAACAGAAUGAAUUCCUUCCUGUCUCAGAUUUAUCCGUUGUUGAAGAAAUCUCUAUGGAAGAGUGUAAUGAAGAGGGAGACAUUUCUAACCAAAUACUUGCUACAAGCCUCAGAGAUCUGCAGGAACUCGAAGAUCUACAUCACCAGAUCCCUUUUGUCCCUUCAGAAAAUAUCUGGACUGUGCCCAGUGAGAAGAGUUCUAAUAAGCAAGUACUACAAGAAAAGCAGAAUAUAGCACCUCUUGAUAAAAUAAAUACCAGUCAACUGUUAAUGAAUUAUCUAGAGUUUCAUAGUGUUUCAGAUAAACCUAAAACGCCUGCAAGUUUCUCUUUCCAAGAGAAACAAGAAAGUGUAUCUUCCCAAGCAUAUCAACAGUGGUCACAUUCCUUGGACCAUGAUAGUUUAUCAGACAAGUCAAUCACAUAUCAAACAUUUGGAAAAACUUUAAAUGAUGCAAAUUCAAUUUCCCAAGAAAUUCUGGACUCAUUAAACAAUGAAGAAUUAACAGAUGAAUUGUUAGGUUGUCUAGCUGCAGAACUAUUAGCUCUUGACGAGAAAGAUAGCUCUUGCCAAAUAAUGACAAAUGAAACAGACCCUGAAAACCUAAAUCUUGUCUUUAGUAGGAGAGGAAAUACUACAAAAGAUUUGGGCAGAGAGACAACUAAUGUCAAAAUACAGAGGUAUAAUAAUGGGUUCGGGAUAUAUGACAAAGAGGAGACAUUUCCAAACUCAAAUGAAAAAAAGACAUUUUCUGAAAGUAGUUUAAAGCGUGAAGAAGCUAUCCAGUGGACCAAGGGUGAGAUCCUCGGGAAGGGAGCAUAUGGCACAGUAUACUGUGGUCUCACUAGCCAAGGGCAGCUAAUAGCUGUAAAACAGGUAACUUUGGAUACUUCUGAUAAACUGGCUACUGAAAAAGAGUAUCAGAAACUUCAGGAAGAAGUAGAUUUGCUCAAAGCACUGAAACAUGUCAACAUUGUGGCCUAUCUGGGGACAUGCUUGGAAGAGAACACUGUAAGCAUUUUCAUGGAGUUUGUUCCCGGUGGCUCAAUCUCUAGUAUUAUAAACCGUUUUGGGCCAUUGCCUGAGAUGGUGUUCUGUAAAUAUACAAAACAAAUUCUGCAAGGUGUUGCUUAUCUCCAUGAGAACUGUGUGGUACAUCGUGAUAUUAAAGGAAACAAUGUUAUGCUCAUGCCAACUGGAAUAAUAAAGUUGAUUGAUUUUGGCUGUGCCAAGCGUUUGGCCUGGGCAGGAUUAAAUGGCACCCACAGUGACAUGCUGAAGUCCAUGCAUGGGACUCCAUAUUGGAUGGCCCCAGAAGUCAUCAACGAGUCUGGUUAUGGAAGGAAAUCAGAUAUCUGGAGCAUUGGCUGCACUGUGUUUGAGAUGGCCACAGGGAAGCCUCCGUUGGCUUCCAUGGACAGGAUGGCAGCCAUGUUUUACAUUGGGGCCCACAGAGGGCUGAUGCCUCCUUUACCAGACCACUUCUCAGAACACGCAGCAGACUUUGUGCGCAUGUGCCUGACCAGGGAUCAACACCAGCGACCUUCGGCUCUCCAGCUCCUGAAACAUUCCUUCCUGAAGAGAAGUCAUUGAGCAUACAUCAGGACUUUCUUCCCAGGCCUACUGUAGAUGCUCCAUUAUUGCUUAAUUUUGGGGAAUUACAGUUAAGCAACCCUUGUUUUCUACUGGAAAUUUAACCUAGCUCAACUUGACCAGAUCCUGCGGUGUCACCAACUGAAAGUCUUAAUUACACACUGGCCUCUUCAAGCUUCAGGCGUGACGGCUCACAUACAUGAGAAGAAAAUUUUCUUAACAAAAAAAGUGUUUAGUUUUGAUUGUCUGUGUGAAGUGGCUCACAUCUGUAA